CUUCUCCAUGAAAGACUUAGGGGAUGCUAGUUAUGUCCUUGGCAUAAGAAUCUACCGAGAUAGAUCUAGAAAGUUAAUAGGUCUGAAUCAAAGUACAUAUAUAGAUAAAAUCCUUGAUCGAUUUAGCAUGUCUAACUCAAAGAAAGGAUCUUUACCUAUGACACCUGGCACGGUUCUUUCCAAGAGCCAGAGUCCUUCUACUCCCGAGCAGAAGGAACUCAUGAUGAAGGUUCCAUACACUUCUGCGAUUGGAUCCAUCAUUCUCAUAGUCAAUGACGGUGUGUUCGCAUCCGCACAUGGGCAGAUAUUAUCUAGAGAUAAUAGGAUGCCGGACUGACCCAUCCUAAAGAUGUUGCUUGAACUUUUAGUUCAUGCUCUAAGCAUCUUUAGCGCGACCACGGGUGUAACUAUCCUUUGACUUGAAGUAUUACGUUUUCUGCAUAUGUGAACCCGCAUGCUUUGAUGCAUUGUCCUAAGCCAUAUGAAAUAAGGAUGGUAUACAGGCUUUGUUUUGGGUAUGCCGCAGCGCGUAUUCAGAAACGUAGAUUACGUACAUAGGAUUUGUCACU